AUGUUCCGUCUCUCUUCGAUCAUCACAGCAGGUCUCGCCCUGAUCAGUUCCGUCAACGCCGCCUGUGGCGAUGGAACACCGCAGGGUGUAGUCUCAGGCUCAGGCUCCUCAUUCACCGCCACUGUCAACGGCGCAAAUGUUUACUCUGGCUCCGACUACCGUCUCGCCAUCCAAACAGCACUCGACCGCAUUGGCACUAACCAGCGUGUCACGGUCCGCGCCUCGGGCAGCAUAGGCGCUAGCACUAUCGUUGUCACUAGCGGGAAGACGUUUGAGGUCUGCGGUACCAUGAACGUCGUCUACAAAGCUGGUCGUGGCGCCAUCGAGGCUAUCAACCAGAACGAUGUCAAGAUCCCCUACCUCAAGAUGACGGGUAACCCUUACUUUGGCAUGCGCUUCUCUGGUACCCGUAACCUGGCUCUUGGUGAUAUCACAAUGAACCUCAGUGGUGGUCUCGGAAUUCGGUUCGACCGCGACGCGAACUGGAACUAUGGAGUCAGCAUGGGUAACAUUGUUGUUACCGGAGCUGGUAGCCACGCUGUUGAGACAUUCAAGAUCGACGGUCUUACCAUUGCUUCCGUCAAGGCCCGCGACGUUGGUGAAUCGGGACUACUUAUCCAAGAAUCACGAAACGUUCGCGUUGGCUACGUCGAAGGCAACAACGUCGGCGCAGGCACAGGUUAUGCAACUCUUCGUUUCGCCAACGAGAAUGGAAAGCUCAACAAUGUCUAUACCACGACCAACGUCUUCGUCGACAAGGUCUACUCUCGAGGUGGUGGCCGUGGAAUCUUCUGCGUGUCCCAGUCAGGCGCCGCCGAGAUCAAGUCAAUCGAUCUUGCAAACAACGGAAACAAUGCCAUUCUCAUCGAGAACUGUUACAACCUGGCUAUCCGAGAUGGUGUCAUCAACGGAGGCGGAGAGGUUCGUGUUUCUGCUCGUAGCGAGUUUCCCAACACCAGCGGUAUCUACGUCAAGGCCCAAGUCAACAACAACAGUGUUCGGGAGUCUCCUUGCGCUCAGAACAUUUACUGGGGUAUUACUGGUAAUGCUAAGAAGAACGUCUGCUGA